AUGAGGCAGAUCACAUUGCCAGAAGGAAAGGGGCUACGCUUGGGCUACCCGUCUAGGACACUGCUCUCAAGUUUGUACCGUACCCUCUUGACACCGACAACCCAGGAAGGUCAACCAGGAGACAACACGACUCUCCAGAAGUUUAUCUUCGUCUUCAGGUCCUCCCCAGUCUGUCGAGCAACCCUCAAGAACAAACUCAGACAUAUCAUCAUCAGAGGUGCCUUCAAAGCCUGGAAACCUUCCGCUCCAGACACUCCGUCCUUUGUCGUCCUACGCGACCUGUUCUAUCAAGACAUCACCGCACCAGUGCUCGACGCACUGUCACAGCAAUUCUUCAGCUCCUUCGAGACAGUCACGCCAACACCGCCAACCCUUGACGAACUCUACCGGCAAUUCGACACGUGCACAAUCUUUUGGUACGACGUGGUUCUAGACGCUUGA